AUGACUGAUAUUUAUUAUCUUUCAGUAGGACUAGCGUGGAGUUGCACUGAUGGCUGGAUAAAACAUGGCAACUACUGCUUCCUGUUCAGUCAUAAUAAAGUCCACUGGGCCGAGGCUGCGGAAAUAUGCCGUUCAUUUGAUUCAUUUCUGGCUGAACCAAACACACACGACAUCGACAGUUUUAUAGUUGCCAAGACUCGUGUCACCAAUCCAAAGAGGGUAUAUUGGCUAGGUGGCUCCGACUUGCAGAAGGAGGGGACAUUUGUAUGGACGUCCCUGGGCCAACCUUUCUCCUACAAAAACUGGAUCCCUGGGGACCCCAACAACGCUAACGCAGGGGAGGACUGUGUGAUUGCCAACUGGUCAGGGGACGGGCGCUGGGCAGACGCUGACUGUGAGUGGGAGGAAUACUACAUCUGUCAGAAGGAGAGUGAUGAUGAGACUAUGAUUAUUGGAUGAAAUAAACAUACAUGUUUAGCAAA